AUGACCACCGACAAGUUUACCAUCAUCAUCGUGGGCGGUGGCAUCGCGGGUUUGGCAACUGCGAUCGCGCUCCAUAAGCCUGGGCGUGAGAUCAUCAUUCUUGACCAGUCCAAGUUCCUCCGCGAAGUUGGGGCCGCCAUCUCCCUCCAAGCGAACGCUACAAAAAUUCUUCGUAAAUGGGGUGUCUACGACUACAUGGCCAACAAUGGCGGUGUUCGAGAUGGAGGGUUUGAAAUUUUUGAUGACAAGGGGAACCUCUUCAAGUCUGUCGUGCUCCCAAAGGACUCUGUUUCCCCGCGUCUCGUGUUCCACCGCGUAGACUUGCACAACAACCUGCUUCAUUUGGCCACCCAUCCCACCGUCCCCGACUGCAAGGUUCGCGUCGAGCUGAACAAGAAGGUCACCUUUUGCGACUCCAGCAGCGGCACUGUUGAGACUGAGGACGGGGCCCAGUUCUCAGCCGACUUGAUCGUUGGUGCCGACGGCAUUCACUCGCGACUGCGUGAGAUUGUCAUUCCCAACGCCCCCAAGCCCCAGCCAACCGGUACCUCUGCGUACCGUAUUCUCACCCCUAUCUCAAGCCUUGAGCACAUCCCCGAGGCCAAGCAGUUUAUGAAGCCGCUUACGACGAUGGUUAUCGGCGGGGACCGGCGGCACGUUCAAGAAACGACGUCUAACGCUUGGACCUCUGAGGGCUCGGUGGACAAGCUCCUGCAGUCGUUUGCCGGGUUCCCGCAGUGGCUCCUCGACGUGUUCAAGGAGACAAGCUCAACCGCCCUGUGGCAGCUGCGCACCGUACCUCCCCUGCCGACAUGGAUUCGCGGACGAGUGGCCCUUAUUGGCGAUGCGGCACAUGCCAUGCUUCCCCUUAGGGGCCAGGGUGCUUCGCAGAGCAUUGAAGAUGCAGAGGCACUCGGUGUGGUAUUUGACGAACCGUGCAGGAACAGGGAGGACUUGGAGAGCAGGCUGCAAACCUUCUUCAAGGGACGUUAUGAGCGAGCCUCCAAGGUCCAGGCCUACAGCACCGAAACUGGUCAGUCGGAAGGCGGCACAUUUAGGGACCCCAUGGAAUUUGAAGAGUACAGCACCGGUUACGAUGGCUUUCAGAAGUGGAUUACAUCUAGGUAG